AAUUUCCCGGUGCGCAGUUCGCACUGCGCACUCAGCAGACUGUACAACGUUUUAUUUCCGGCGCGUGGGCAUUCUUCCGGUUAGUGUUGUGGUACUUUGCUGUUGUCGGAGAUUCGACAAGAUGAAGUUCAACAGAUUGGUGACUUCCUCGCGUAGGAAAAAUCGCAAGAGGCAUUUUACUGCUCCUUCUCACAUUAGAAGGAGGCUGAUGACUGCACCUGUCUCCAAGGAGUUGAGACAAAAAUAUAACGUGCGUUCUAUGCCCAUUCGCAAGGAAGAUGAAGUCCAGGUUGUUCGUGGUCACUACAAGGGUCAACAAGUCGGCAAAGUGAUCCAAGUGUACAGAAAAAAAUUUGUCAUAUAUAUUGAACGAAUUCAACGCGAGAAAGCUAAUGGUGCCAGCGUUUACGUCGGCAUCGAUCCCUCCAAGACGGUCAUCGUCAAGUUGAAGAUGGACAAGGAUCGCAAAAAGAUCAUCGACAGGAGGAGCAAGGGUCGCCUCGCUGCCCUGGGUAAAGACAAGGGCAAGUACACUGAGGAUUCGACAGCCGCUAUGGAAACUUCGUAAACAAUACAUUGCCUCAUUUAUGUACCACAAUAAAACACAGAAAACCUCAAAUA